AUUCCCGUCACUUCCGCUGUCAACGCCAGCCCAUCGUUAUUCAACCAUCCUCUCUCGACUGCUUCACAAUGUCGGCGCAACAGUAUUACCAGCAAGGUCCGCCGCAAGGCUAUCACGGUGGGCCCCCGCCCCAGGGCUACCCGCAGUACCCCCAGCCUGCUUAUCCCGGCCCGGCACCCCAACAGGGCUACUACCCGCCCCAAGGCCCAAUGCAAUACCAGGAGCAACCACGCCAUCACGGGGGCGGCGGCGACGGCUGCCUCAAGGCCUGUCUGGCGGCGCUAUGCUGCUGCUUCGUGUGCGAGGAAGGCUGCGAAUGCUGCGCUGAUUGCUGCGAGUGCUGCAUGGAAUGCUGCUGAGAGUGGUUAUGGGAAGCACCGAGGGAUUGGAGGUACCAGGACAUUCAUUCAUGGUUUCGCGUUGCGUCGAGGACACGGGAGUUGACAAUGGCUGGCGCCCUGUAAUAGUAAGAGACCAUGGAUUUUGCUUCCAGCGUCUGGGGUUGAGCAGUCUGCACUUCAAUAUUGAACUUAGCGCAACACCGUGUUUGUUUCCUAGAUGUGUGAAACGCACCACCUCGGACGCAGAAGAGCUGGCCAGCCUGCGAUGCCAACCUGACUGCUGUUCAAGUGUAGCGAGCCAGUGGAUGCAGUCGAGUCCCGGGGUGGCCGGGGUGCCGAUCUUGGGGAAUCCAAGCCGUCGUGGAUCCUCGAGAUUUGUCCGAGAAACCAAA